UUGGUUUCAUCUUUUACGAGGGAUGUGAGAGAGAGGGAGAGAGGGAGUUGUGGGGGUCAAAUGAACAGCGAUCGGUUGUCGUUUUUGUUUAUCUGUGAGGCCGAAGAGUCCACAAUUCCGGUUUUCAUGUUUGAGGUCUCCCUCUCCGCUGCUGGCAUCUCUGAGGCGCUUCCGGGUUUGCUCCCCUGCUUGUCUUUCUUCUGCCCCAAAGGGUGGUGCAGUGGAGAGCCAAAGAUCGGAUUCUUCGCUCUUUUUCACGUUAAAAAUUGGAUCUUGUGGUUGGGAUUGGGACUGCUGCGAGUGAGUUAGGGUUCUGAUCCAGGCUGUAGAUAGGAGGAGCCGGGGAAGAGGGGGAGAGGAAGAGGUGACACAGCAGCACAAGUCUUGUCUUCUUUCUCCUUCUUUACCAGGAAAGAGGGAGAGGGAGUUGGAGGAGGCAUUGGUUUGCAGUAAAGCCUGCGAAAAAUUCUGAUUCUGGGCAAGCGAAAGCAAAAGAUCCGAUCCCCAGACAAGUGCAAGUCGGCGAGGAAAGAAAAUAUUAUGAGAGCACAAGCUAGCACGGAGGACCAAGUCUGGAGGGAGAAGAACCAAGAAAAGGAAGGAUAUUUGAUGAGCUUUGGGGGGUUAUCAGACGGCAGAUCAGGAGGCGCUCUAGCUUACGGCAACGCGGCCAUGACCGCCGGAGAGUUAUCUCCGCCGCAGCUCAUCUCCCAGAGGCUCCCAAACUCUGCCUUCAUUUCUCCCCGCCUCUCCCUCGGCCUGCAAACGAACGUGGAUGGACAGAUAGACAUGAGCAGGAUGGCAGGCGUCGGCGGUGGCAGUGACGUGGGUUCGGCCAAGAGGAGCAAGGACGAUGAGAAUGAGAGCAGAUCGGAGAGCGACAACUUGGAAGCCAUAUCCGGUGACGACGUCGAUCAGGAGAAUCCUCGCAAGAAAAAGAGACACCACCGCCAUACUCCGCAACAGAUCCAGGAACUCGAAGCUCUGUUCAAGGAUUGCCCCCACCCGGAUGAGAAGCAAAGGCUGGAACUGAGCAGGAGGCUAUGCUUGGAGAGCAGACAAGUCAAGUUCUGGUUCCAGAAUCGACGCACCCAAAUGAAGACGCAAAUCGAGCGCUUCGAGAACACGAAGCUCCGGCAGGAAAACGACAAGAUGAGGGCGGCGAACAUGGCGAUUCGAGAAGCAACGCAGAGCGCGGCUUGCAAGAACUGCGGAGGUCCGGUCAUGCUCGGCAAUGUCUCGGUGGAACGGCUGCAACUUAGACUGGAGAACGCUCGGUUAAAGGAAGAGCUCGACCGGCUGUGCGCAAUCGCCAAGAAGUUUCUGGGGAAGUCCGUCUCCUCUUUGGCCGGCCACAUCUCUCCGAACAUGCCGAGCUCGGUUUUGGAGAUUGGAGUCGGGAACAAUAUCUUCGCGGGGUUCAACUCCGUCGUCGCUCCGACUAUUUCCGCUUUGCCCGACUAUUUGCCGGGGUUCAGCAGCAACCCACUGGAUGCUGUCGCUCCGACCAUGGGCAAGAACAUGGAGGCGCUGCUGGGGAGCGACAGGAGCAUGCUCUUGGAGCUUGCAUUGGCUGCAAUGGAAGAGCUAAUGAGCAUGGCGCAGAUGGAGGAGCCACUUUGGCUUGCGAGCUCACAAGGUGGUCCCAAGGCACUGAACUACGAGCAGUACCGCCGGACGUUUCGCCCCAUCGCCGGGAUAUCGCCGGUUGGGUCUGUGUCAGAGGCCUCGAGGGAGACGAGGAUAGUGUCCAUUGACAGCGUCGCCCUCGUCGAGACCCUAAUGGAUGCGAGUCGUUGGGUUCAUAUGUUCCCAAGUAUCGUGGCCAAGGCCACCACCACGGAGUUGAUAUCCAGCGGCGUGAGUGGAACAAGAGACGGCGCCCUCCAACUCAUGCAGGCGGAGCUUCACGUCCUCUCCCCGCUGGUGGCAGUGCGCGAGGUGAGCUUUCUCAGGUUCUGCAAGCAACACGCGGAGGGCGUUUGGGCCGUGGUCGAUGUCGCCGUUGACGGCAUCAGAGCAGAUCUCUCUUCUGCUAACUGCAGGAGGCUGCCGUCUGGUUGCCUGGUGCAAGACAUGCCGGAUGGCUACUCCAAGGUCACCUGGGUGGAGCACGCGGAGUACGACGAAGGCCAAGUGCAUCAUCUGUAUCGCCCGCUGCUCCGCUCCGGCCAGGCGUUCGGCGCCGGACGCUGGGUUGCCACCCUACAGCGCCAGUGCGAGUGCCUUGCCACCCUCGUGUCCUCCACCGCCGUGGCCCGCGACGAGACUGCAUCGAUAACGGCGAGCGGGCAGAGGAGCAUGUUGAAGCUGGCGCGUCGGAUGACCAACGCCUUCUGCGCCGGGGUCUGCGCGUCGCCCGCGCAUGGGUGGAGCAAGCUGGCGUCGGAGACCAUCGGGGAGGACGUGCGGGUGAUGUCGAGGAUGAGCGUGAACGUACCGGGUGAGCCGGCGGGGUUGGUGCUCAGCGUGGCCACAUCGGUGUGGAUCCCCGCGCCGCCCAAGCGGCUGUUCGACUUCCUAUGCGAGACCAGAUUCCGCAGCAAGUGGGACAUCCUCUCCAACGGCGGGCCGAUGUGCGAGAUGGCGCACAUCGCCAAAGGCCAGGAAGCAGCCAACCGCGUCUCCCUCAUAUGGGCCACUGCCACGAACGCCAGCCAAACCAGCAUGAUGCUACUGCAGGAGACCUACACCGACGCUUCCGGCGCAAUGCUGGUGUACGCGCCGGUGGACAUCCCAGCCAUGCACCUAGUGAUGAACGGCGGCGACUCCGCCCACGUCGCCCUCCUCCCUUCCGGUUUCGCCAUCGUCCCCGAUGGCGCCGGCUACCGAGGAGAGCUCACCGAAGAGCACCACAGCGACGGCGCCGCCACCGCCGGCUCCGGUUCGCUGCUGACCAUCGGGUUCCAGAUUCUGGUGAACGGCCAGCCGACGGAAAAGCUUACGGCGGAGACGGUGGACACCGUCAACGGCCUCAUCUCAUGCACGGUUCAAAAGAUCAAGGCUGCAGUCCACAGCGAGAUCUGAGUGAAGCCGGCCGUAUACAACUCGGAAAGGGAAAGGUCAAAUAAAUAGAGACCGAGUCAAGAACGAACCGCGGGUGUGACCGAGUCAUCACGUAGUUUUAGGUUCGUCUUCUUCAACACAGAGCGAUGGUGGUUGUGUGGUUCGGGCAUUGACUCCCUCUCCAAACCAAACCAAACCAAAGCAAACCCAGAAUUUACUUCUGUGCCUUUACUGUUCUUUUUCCUCCAUGUCAUACAAAAGGAAACCUCUCAAGAAUCUAUAGCUUCCGAUACAAAUAGGCCAAACCGCGCGUUGUCUUGUUGUUUAUAUAUAUAUCUAUAUUCUGUUGUCCUUGAGUGGUUUGUGUUGCCUAUGGGUUAGCUAAUAACAUCUAUAAGACGAUC